AUGAUGCUCCGCGCCGGAUUUCUUCUCAUCGUCGCCGGAACGCUGGCCGUGCUUGCAACAUCCGUUACCAUUUGCCUCGAAAUUAUUUCGUGUGUGCAUGCAGCAAAGAAUUCCAAGUUGCUUAUAGCAAGCAGCACGGCCGCCGCCUUGGAGUCCGUUGUCCUGCUUAUACUUGGUGCACUCGGCAUAGCACAAGCUGUACCAACAAAGGUGCCCUUGUCAUGGAAGUGUUCUUUACCUGCAUUUAUAACUCAACUCUUUGCUUGGCUAGCUGCCCUGGUAGCUUCUGUAGUCGCUUUGGUCUACUUGCAGGAGUGGUGGACACAGCUCGAACUAGACGACGAGGCCGCUGAAGGACGUUGGAAAGUGUUCGUCGGUUCAGCAACAGUUGUCGCCUUUUCCACCGCUCUCCAGCUUGGUUCCAUAAUAUUGCACUUUGCGACAAGUCGAGAUGUUACCGCUGGAACGGCUUCAUCCUUUCAUUCAAACGAAGAGGGCCGCACAAUGAAUAUCAAAUCCGUUCGAUAUAGCCGAACAACUGUUGGGGCCGCUCUGCAGGAAAUGACAUCAGUGAGAAGCAAUGAGUCUUCGCCGCCUUCGCCGGAAAGCUCAACCAUGGGGCCAAUUGACUACUUGAAGGCAUCCAUGUCUCAAGCCAUUCGACCUGCAGCAUCCCGAACCAAAUUUUUGAAGAGUGGGCGACGAAGAGCGACUUCACUGGACUCGAAGAAUCCUCGUAAGAGCACAGAUACGUCUUUUGAUUCUUGGGACACUUCAUCUGUGGACAUGUAUAAUCGUCAAGUUGUCAUAGAGAUGUCAUCUCCAGCGACUCUCAAUAGAGGCUUAGAGACGAUUCCUGCUAGCCCGUCUGGGAGCCGCUCUCCCACCCGGCCAGGCACUCCUCUCGAUAUGGAGCUGGAGCCUCCCCGUAUGCUAUAUAGAGCAGAGAGUUAUAGCUCGAGCGUACUAUCACAACAAGAUCCCCACAGGCUUACCCCCGACAGCUCUGUGAACGAGGCACAUAUUCACCCACUCUUUCGAUCUGAUUCCCCAACGCCACCUCCCGCCGCAAGUCCCGGCACAGUUGUCCUGGCUGCGCCAAAUGCCGGGCAAGUCAUAUCGUGCAAGUCUAGCAUGCAAUCUAUGAGACGCCUGCGGAGUGGAAGCUUGCCUGCGACGCCUAGCCCUCUUAUCCACCAGGCCAGCUUCGACCUCCUGAAACAGUCCAAAAUGGGAGACGACGGCGAUGUUGGCCGAAAGAGUUCUGGUACACGAAGCGAGCGCAAAAUGACGCCACCUGUACCUGAAUGGCUGCUAAGCCCGUCUAUGAAGACCAGCCUGGAAUCAUUCAAGGAGCAGAAGCAAGAGAAUGACGAGGAGACAUAA